UGGGAAACUUAGCAAAAGAGAGCUGCAUUUCAAAAACCUGGUUUGUUUGUGGUGUGCAUGCAUGUGUGUGUGCAUGCAUGCAUGCAUGUGUGUGUCUGUGACUCAAAGUGUACUUCAAGAGACUAUCCGGACUUACUAUCUGUGUCCUUUUCAUCAUCUUCCUGCAUACCGUCCGCGUGGAUUGAUUUAAGUGUGUGCCAUCAAAUCGGGGUUGACUUUGAGCAACCACAUAAGUAGGUUUUUACCAGGAAGAUUCGCCCCUAACCUGGUCUUUCAGGUCUUCUACUAAUGCAUCCAUCGCUGCUGCAACUGAGUCCAUUCAAAUCCCUGAUGGUCACUCCUUUCUGUUGGGCUCCCACCUUUCCCAGCAUCAGAGCCUUUUCCAAAGAGCCGGGUCUUCUCAUAAUGCUUCUGAAAGAGAGGGACAAAUUGCAGGCUUUUGGAAGCAGUCAGGGUUCUGUUUGCAUUUGCACUUUGAUAUACAGAGCUGCGUUUCUGUUUAAACUGGAAAGAAGAUGCCUUAGUCCUGUUUAAAUGAAAAUACCUGAAAUGAUUAGCCUUGCAAAUGAUUAGUUGACUAAAUUUGUUUUGGAGGUAGGACUUGCGAGAGGAUUUAAGAGUCUUAGGCGAUCAUCCGGUGAAAUGUUAUGAAAGAGUGAUGCAGUGACUCAAAAAGCCAGUGCAGUAUUUAUUACAAGGCAUUGGCAGAAGAAUUGCAUCCAGAUCAGUGGAGGUAAUGGUUUCAUUAUGCUCUGCGUUGGUUUCAGCUCAGGGCAUAUUGUUCGGGCAUUGCUCUUUGAAAGGAACUGUUUCAGAGCACCCAGAGAGUUAAGGAGGCUGGAAGCCAGAUUGUGUGAGGAAUGGGUCAAGGAUCUGAGUAUGUUUCUGUUGCAGAAGAAAAGCCUCAGGGGAGAGAUGUCUACAAAGAUCUAAAAGGCUGGUGCCUGCAGAGUGCUUAAGUGAAUGUGUUCUCUAUUGAGACCGAAGAAAGGAGGAGAACUACUGGUAGCUGAAAUUAAAAGAAAGAUUGACAGCUGAAUAUUAGGCAGAAGUUGCUGUCGGGGAUUGAAAAUGUGCCAACAACAAUGCUAGGAUUACAAUGGGAAGUGUCACACUUCGCUAUUUUUGCUAUGGCUGUCUCUUUACGUCCGUAACCUGGACAGUUCUGCUGUUUGUUUAUUUUAAUUUCAGCGAAGAGACCCAGUCUUUUAAAAAUGUGCCCAUCAAGGGGCUUGAACCCCAGAAGCCCUUCUCCAGAAGAUUCCAUCCCCAGCUUGUGAAUGGACCAGGACAAAUGCAGGAAUCUAAGCCCAGAUAUGGCAAGAUCAGGAAUCCCUUAGGAAAUGCUGCUCAGGAUCUCCUCAAGAGCGAUGCAGAGUUUUCCCCUGAAAUGGGUAUGAUUUUCAAUGAACAGGAUCAGGAAGUGAGAGAUUUGGGCUAUCAGAAGCAUGCUUUCAAUGUGCUCAUCAGCAACCGAUUGGGAUAUCACAGAGACGUGCCAGAUACGAGGGACAGAAAGUGCAAAGAAAAAAUAUAUCCUCAUGACCUGCCCUCUGCUAGUAUUAUAAUUUGCUUCUAUAAUGAAGCUUUCUCUGCCUUGCUUCGGACCGUUCAUAGUGUUCUGGAUCGAACACCAUCGCAUCUUCUCCAUGAAAUUAUUUUGGUGGAUGAUAGAAGUGAAUUAGCUGAUUUAAAAGAAGACUUGGACAUAUAUUUAACAAAAGAUCUUCCAAAUAAGGUGAAACUAGUAAGAAAUGAAAAUCGCGAAGGGCUAAUUCGAGGGAGAAUGGUUGGAGCUUCCCAUGCUACAGGAAAAGUGCUUGUGUUUCUGGACAGCCAUUGUGAAGUGAAUGAGAUGUGGUUGCAGCCCUUGCUGACACCCAUCCAGGAAUCCCGCAGGACAGUUGUGUGUCCCGUGAUUGAUAUCAUCAGCGCAGACACCCUGACUUACAGCUCUUCUCCCGUUGUCCGCGGAGGGUUCAACUGGGGCCUUCACUUUAAGUGGGAUCUCGUUCCUUUGUUGGAGAUGGAAGGACCCGAACAAGCCACUGCUCCCAUCAAGUCUCCCACAAUGGCAGGAGGCUUGUUUGCGAUGGACAGAGAAUAUUUCAAUGCACUUGGACAGUAUGACAGUGGCAUGGACAUCUGGGGAGGGGAAAAUCUGGAAAUAUCAUUUCGGAUUUGGAUGUGUGGAGGCAAACUUGUCAUCAUCCCUUGCUCCAGAGUUGGGCACAUCUUUCGCAAAAGGCGCCCUUAUGGGUCUCCAGGCGGGCAGGACACAAUGGCACACAAUUCUCUACGCCUCGCACAUGUGUGGAUGGAUGAAUACAAGGAACAAUAUUUUGCCUUACGUCCAGAGCUACGAACAAGGAACUAUGGAAAUAUUACUGACCGUGUGGAAUUAAGAAAAAAAUUAAACUGCAAAUCAUUUAAAUGGUAUUUAGACAAUGUGUAUCCAGAGAUGCAGAUCUCUGGGCCCAAUGCCAAGGUACAGCCUCCAAUCUUUUUCAAUAAAGGACAGAAAAGACCAAAAUUACUGCAACAAGGAAGGUUGUAUCACCUUCAAACUAAUAAAUGUCUGGUGGCGCAAAGCAACCCCAGUCAAAAAGGAGGACUUGUGGUGGUCAAAGAAUGUGACUACAGUGAUAAAAAUCAGAUAUGGAUGUAUAAUGAGGAUCACGAAUUAAUCUUAAAUAACCUCCUGUGUUUGGAUGUAUCUGAAACACGCACAUCCGAUCCACCACGCCUUAUGAAAUGCCACGGCUCAGGAGGAUCUCAGCAGUGGCUACUUGGGAAAAACAAUCGGCUGUAUCAGGUAUCUGUUGGGCAGUGCAUGAAGGUGGUUGAUCCACUUAAUCUCAAAGGCUACGUCACCAUGGCCAUUUGCGAUGGCUCUUCCCUUCAGCAGUGGCGCUUGGAGAACUGAGUGCUGCCUCAAGGAAUGCCCACUUGCACAGGGACUCUUAGCUUAGUACACUAUUUUCUAAGGCUGGCAAUCCUUGCUGCUAUUUCUAACCCUGAACACUUACAGGAAAUUAUUUUAAUGGUUAAAAUCACAAUGGACGGCAAUCUUUCAAGUGUGGAACAGAAGCGGGUGCAUUUCUUGCCCCUUCUUUCUGCAGGAGUAGAAGUGCAAUGACAUUACUUGGAGUUCAACAGUAUAUGGAAGUACUCUGUGUCAUAAUUAGGACAAUGUAAUUUAAUUAGUGGAUGCAUCUAAUGAAGCUGGCCUAAAUGGUCUGUCAGAAACCUACCGUGUUUUGCCAGUAUUUCUUGCAGAAUAUUAUGGUACUUUUUUCAUUUGCAUUUAUGGCUGGAAUUCUGGAAAAAAAAGUAUGUUUUAGCUCUGCUUUUCUUGUAAAUAAUUUUAUUAAUUUUAGCCUACUUAAAUGUCUCGUUUGUCAUGUCCUGUAAUAUUUGAACCCGUUCAGGAUGCCGUUUUGAUGACUCCGAAGACCAAGUAGCACUUGCCUGCUUCAAUGCAGCCCCCACCAAGGCUCCCAUGUGUGCCAGGAAGCCCAUAGGGUGACUGUGGGAGUUGUCUCAGAAUUCCUCAGCUGGCAUGUUGACGGGAAUUCUGGGAGUUGAAGCGUAGACAUCUUAAACUUGUUAAGGUUGAGAAAUUCUGCAUGAGAGGAGGAGGGGCAAAGGGCGGGUGGCAUGACUUUUCUGUUCUUGUAAAGCAGUUUGGAAUUACACAGUAUAAAACAGCAUUUUUAAAAAGUUUACAGAUGGUCCUUGACGUGUGACUAUAAUAGAGACUGCCCAUUAUGGUUGUUACGUCGUAAUAGUUGUAAAGCAAUUUUAUAACUUUUUUGCGGCAGUUGGUAAGCAAACCAGUGGUUCUCUACAGACACAUUUUUGCUGAAAAUUGGAUGUAAAUGUCAGUUUUUGGCAAAACCAUCAUAAAACAUGGUCAAUGAUUGUGGGAUGCUGCAGAUGGCGGUAAAUGGAGCCUUGUUGAAAAGUGCCCAAAUUUUGGUGAUGUGACUCUGGAGGAACCUCCAUCAAAAUUUGGAAUCCAGGUCUUAAGUCCCCUUUUGGAUCAGUUGUAACUUCAGAUGGUUGAUAAGUGGUGAUUCUAUGUUUAGGACUUACCUGUACAUUGCUUGAGUUUUUACUAUACUCAGUUCUACCCCCACUUGUUUGUGAAGAGGUAAAAAAAAAAACCAGAUCUUUUUACAUUUUAGAAGAUAUUGACACCCAUAAGUAUUUGUGAGAAGCUUGAAUUUGAUACUGUACUGAAAACUUUCAUCGGGAAUCCUGAUCCUUAAUUUAUGGAGUGAAGGUUUAAGGCCCAUAUUAAAGAUUGCAAAUGGUAGUAGAUUCUAGUUAAGGUUUUAGUAUUCCUUUUUAAAACCAGGCAGCAUAUGAAGUAUAGCUUAGAAAAAUGUUUAUGAUUUAUCUUUGCAUUAUCGUGGGGAGAGAACAAAUAUCCAUUUUUAUGUAUGUUGUAUUGCAUUUUUAUUAUUAACACUAGGUGUUAUUGACACUCAUAUUAGCAACUGUCCCUUUGGUCUCUAGUGUACAUUAAAUGCUUGAGAACCUUA